AUGUACAUACUAACACAAGUUACCCUGGCAGAACUCGAGAAAUCAACGGAAAUGUUUCGUCAGUUGGCAGAUCCUAACGGCGCAAAUAACGCACUAAGCCAAGUACUAUACGGCCUCGCACUAAGGCAUGGUUGGGGAUGCCCCAAAUCGGAAGAACAGGCGGUGACCUAUCUCUCGGCUGCGGCAUCAAACUCGGCCUCGAUUGAGUCCCAGGCUCUCCAAGCAGGCAUGAAAAAGGGUGGUGCAGCCAAGGGAGAAUUGGUCCUUGCUAUAUUUGAAUUGGGUAACUGUUUCCGCAACGGCUGGGGAGUCAAGAAAGAUCCUGCGGCAGCGCGACAGUACUUCGAAACGGCCGCAAACCUAGGUGACACUGACGCCAUGAAUGAGGUCGCGUGGUGUUACCUAGAGGGUUUUGGCGGGAAAAAAGAUAAGCGAGGGUACAAACUCGAGAACUUUUGCUAUGCCUCUCUCGGUCAUCAUGGUCUCGUUUCUCGGGCAUCAAUACUUUGCGAUUCGCAUCACUCUUGCGCUUGGUCCUCUUGGGAACUCUUGUUUGUUCAGUUGACUAACCCAGUUGCGUCAAUGUUUAGUUCGCAGCUGCUAAAUAUUAUCGAUUGGCCGAACAGAAAGGAAGCAAAUUAG